AUGAGCACUGUAUCUCGAAGCGCUGAAGUCGUCGCGACCAACAGCAAGGCAGAGCGACGCAAGCAGUUGCUGUCGCAGCUAGCGGCCAUCAAACAACAGAAACAACAACAACCCAAGUGCAGUGGUUUGCUUCCUGGAUCAUUUGCCUUGUUCAAACUCAGAGCAGCGUCUCAGAGCUCUGUGGCUCCCGUCGGCAUUGUUGGAGAGACGGACCAAGCGGAUGCCAUUUCUCUACCCGAAAAGCGACACACCGACGGCAGUUUGCCGUACAAAAAACGAACUUUCGACUCGACGGGACCAAAAACAGCCAACGCCCAGCAGGAGGCAAAGCCAAAGAAAAACAAACUGACGGCAGAGAAGCCCCUCCCAAAUUUGAAAAUUAUGAAGAGCAUCCUAAACCUAAAAGGUGGAAAGAAGCCGGUCAUGAAGCCCGUCAAGGAAAAGCAAGCCAAGAGCAUCACGACAAGCACCAACCCUCCAAUCGGCGCUUCCAAGGGUUCUCCCGCCUUUUCUCUGGAAGCUACCGGUGCUUCCUCCUCUUCUGUGACUCUGAAAGCAAAGAGUUCUCCAUCGCCUCCGCCCUCGAGUUCCAAAAGUGCAAAGACGCAAUCCACCGCUGUUGGAAAGGCUCAAUCCACCGCUGCCACUGUUGGAUGGGUGCAUCCCGCAAAAACUGCUCCAGCGCCCUCCUCCUCUACUGAGAAAAGCGUCGUGUCUCUUUCUUCCAACAGCGCCGCCACAUCCACAUCCAACGUGUCCUCGGACUCUGGCGACUCUGCUAGUGUCGUCAUUUCUACAAACUCGAAAACAGCGGGUUCCCCGACAAACGACAACCAGCAACGUCGAAUCAAGACGAAGGGGAACAAGAAUGGCGAAGGACGUAUCCGUUCCAAAGCGUCUCCUGCUUCUUCUAGUGGUUCCGUGUCCACGACAACAACAACCUCUUCUUCGAGUACUCGGAGCAAGGGCGGUUUGCCCAGUCCCUAUGAUGUCAAGCAUAACGUCGAGUCGAGCUUUGCGCUGUUCAACGACCUGGCAGAAAAGGUUUUCGACCCAAGUUCGCCCAUUCGUUUGCUCGCAAACACAAUUGCCAGCUCAUCCCUGCUCUGGCGCGACAUUUGGCUGACUGGAGAAGUCCAGGGGUUGGACUUUGGAAAGAACAUUGAGCAGCAGGUAGGAGAGGAAACAGGUUCCGUUCAUGCUGGCUUUGCAUGGUUCUGCAAUGCUCCAGAUAUUUAUUCCUCACCAAGCACGUUCUUCCACACUCCUCAAAUAAAACAGUCCUUUGUCUUGUGCCUCAAUGUGCGGCUGAUAGCCAAAGCUGAGGCAGUUCUGCUCUCCAAAUUGGUCAAAGACCUCUCCGUAGAAACAAUGGUCAAGGAAUUCCUCUCUUCGCUUUCUCCGGGUGCCUCGGAGCAAUACCCCAAAACCAAAAAGGGCAGGCUUGAUCCUCAGAAUCGGAAUCAGUCCAAGUGCCUUUUGUUUCUGGCCAGGCUUCACUGCGCGCUGCUCUUUCUCGGGAAAUCUGUGGAUGAGGUGGACAAAAAUUUGCUCUCUGUCGUUCAGAAAUGUCUUGCGAUCGUGGAGGAAUUUGCCUCUUUGACUCCCAAAAAGAAGAGAGGAAGAAAGCUGAAGGAUACCGAAGAGCAGCUUGUUGUCGGCGGCACGUUGGAAGGGGAAGGAGAAACUGAUGCGACAACAGUGGCGCCAACGCCAGACAACACCCCUCGCCGAAACGUCCGUCGUGUAUCUGUUCAGAGUGAGGGUGAGGGCGAGGGCUUGGCUUUGGAUGCCAGCGCCAGCACUGGUCCUGAACUCCUCAGAGAGGAGGCUUUCCCCAAGAAGCGUCGUGUAUCUAUUCAGAGUGAGGGCGAGGGAUUGGCUUUGGAGUUCAGCGCCAGUAGUGCCACUGCACUCGAUAAAGAGGAGGCUUCCCCCAAGAAGCGUAAGGCGCGGAAGCGAGCAAUCCUUGAGGACUCAGAUUCGGAAGAUAGCGUUGGCUUCAACCCACCACCCAAGAAGAAGCGUCGUCGCGUUUCCGUGGAUUCUUUUCCUGCCCUCGAGGAGUUGGUUGCCGCCAACAUGUCGGUGGAUGAAGAAAUUAAAAACGCGGUUGAGCUUCAGACGUACUUUCAGGCUGCACUGAAGAUCUUGCAAAGACGCCAGCAGGCCCUAGCUUUGUUGCAGAACAACUACUAG